CCGGCUCCGCCUCCGUGGCUGCUCCUCCCCGCGGCUGCGCGUCCCGGCGGGGCUCAGCCCUGCGCGGUGAACCGGAGCGCGAUGGUGCCCGAGCUGGAGAAAGCCACAGUCCGCAUCCAGCAGCCGGAACGAGUGAUGGGGAUAAUCCAGGCCAUUAAGGAGCAGGGGAUGAACAAGCUGCAGGUCAUUUCUGACUUUGACAUGACGCUGAGCAGGUUCGGGUGCAACGGCAGACGCUGCCCCACUUCGCACAAUAUCCUCAAUGGCAGUCAUGUUGUCGGUGAGGACUGCAGGAAGAAGUUGAUGGAUCUGCUGCACUAUUACUAUCCCAUUGAAAUUGAUCCCAACCGGACCCUGGAAGAGAAACGGCCCCACAUGGUGGAGUGGUGGACCAGGGCCCACGAGCUGCUGUCGCAGCAGAAGAUCCAGAAGGGUGACAUCGCCCAGAUCGUCAGAGAAUCAGGCGUGAUGCUGAGGGAUGGAUUCAAUGAGUUAUUUGAUCAGCUGCAUAAGUACGAUGUCCCCCUGUUCAUCUUCUCGGCUGGCAUCGGUGACAUCCUUGAAGAGAUUAUCCGUCAGGCCAAUGUCUUCUACUCGAACGUCAACGUAGUGUCCAACUACAUGGACUUCGAUGAUAAUGGAAUCCUCACGCGUUUCAAGCCACCCCUCAUCUAUACAUACAACAAGAACAGCAGCGUUCUGCAGGGGACGGAUUAUUUCCAGCAGCUCAGCAGGAGGACGAGCAUCAUCUUGCUGGGGGACUCCAUGGGGGAUCUGACCAUGGCAGACGGUGUUCCCAGGGUGGAGAACAUUCUCAAGAUUGGCUUUCUCAACGACAAGGUGGAAGAGUGGAGGGGGAAGUAUUUGGACGCUUACGACAUCGUGUUGGAGAGUGACGAGACGCUGGAUGUGGUCAAUGGGAUUCUCCGGUACAUUCUUAGUGAGACAUGAGCUGGAAAAGAAGCAUCCUGGCGCUGGCCUCUCAGCAAGACACCUGGGCAGUGAAUGUCCUUCCUUUGACAAAGCUGGAGUAGAUCUGGUACCUGCUGGGCUCCAUCCUGAUGCUGGGCAGGCUCCCUGCUCCGGCUCUCAUGUGUUGUGCCCAUCCCGACCUCACUAACCGUGUCGGUCAGCCCUGGAACAGGAGGGGUGAGAUGGAGGAAGCUUCUCCUCUCCCUUUGCCCCACCUGUGUCUGGCUCUGCCGCUUCUCCCUCAGACUUCACCCCCUUCAGACAUCUUCCUCGCCACCGCCUGAGGCCACAACAAACCAUUUUGUGCUUCGGUUAGAGAUGUUCUACUUGUUUCAGCAGCCAAGCGUGGAAAUGGAGAUUGGUUGCCAUGGCUUGAGGACAGACCUAUUUUAGAUGGAAGCCGUUUAGUUUUACUCUGUUCCUGUCUAAGAAAACAGGUUUCUCUCUUGUCCUGUUUUCCGUGGGCUCCGGAGUGCUGGGGCUGAGUUGGUGUGGUCUUGCCAGGCUCAGCACCACCCAAAAUGCCCCAUGGAAACCCUGCAGGUUAUUUGCCCCACACUUCAGCUCUGCUCUCCCUCUUGCUGCAUCACAGCUCCUGCUGUUAAAACCCAAAGCUUUUCCAGUCCUCCCUGCAGGGCCUGGAGUUUGUCUGAUGCUGCCGCACGGUGCAAGAAGUAAAUUCAUCUGCUGUGGGUUCAGGCUGAGGGGUUUGAGGGGCAGCAGCAGCCUGGGUGCUCGGAGCAGUGUGUUGCAGCCCAUCCAACAGCAGCGUUUUGGGUUUUAUAGACUCUUUUAGCUACCUAUGUUCCUGUCCUAAACAUCUGGGGUGAUCCUGAGCUCUCAGAGCAGCAGUAAAAAACCAAAAUCCUUCUUUAUUUCUGUGUAAGCUCAGUGUAAAGUGUUAAACUGUGACUGCCGUGAGCCAGGAUGGGGCAAGGAGACCUUGCUCUGAGGAGACCUUACAGCGACCUUACAGUACCUGAAGGGGCUACAAGAAAGCUGGAGAGGGACUGUUCACAAAGGCUUGUGGGGAUAGGAUGAGGUGCAAUAAAUAAUGGGAUUUAGACUGGACAUAAGGAGGAAUUUCUUCACAGUGAGAGUGGUGAGCCCCUGGAACAGGUUGCCCAGGGAAGUUGUGGCUGUCCCAUCCCUGGAGGGGUUCAAGGCCAGGUUGGAUGGGCUUUGGGCAUCUGAGCCAGUGGGAGGUGUCCCUGCCCAUGGCAGGGGGUGGAACUGGAUCAUCUUUAAGGUCCCUUCCAACCCAAAUUAUUCUGUGAUUCUAAACUCAGACCCUUAUGUGGGAAAGUGCUUUCACCUCUUGUCCUGCUGCCUGGUCUGAUCAUAGAAUCGUAGAAUCCCUAGGUUGGAAAAGACCUUUUAGAUCAUCAGGUCCAGCCAUACCUGUCCACUACUAUGUGAUAUCCCAAAGCACUUCACCUGCCCACCUUUUAAACCCAUCCAGGGAUGGGGACGCCACCACUCCACCAUUUCCUGGCUGGAGGAUCCCAAGAGCUGAAGUGCAGCCCGUCCUUGCUGGAGGAUCCCAAGAGCUGAAGCACAACCCAUCUUGGCUGGAGCAUCCCAAGAGCUGAAGUAGAGCCCAUCCUGGCUGGAGGAUCCCAAGAGCUGAAGCCCAGCCCAUCCUGGCUGGAGGAUCCCAAGAGCUGAAGCACAACCUGUCCUGGCUGGAGGAUCCCAAGAGCUGAAGCACAGCCCAUCCUGGCUGGAGGAUCCCAAGAGCUGAAGCACAGCCCAUCCUGGCUGGAGGAUCCCAAGAGCUGAAGCACAGCCCAUCCUGGCUGGAGGAUCCCAAGAGCUGAAGCACAACCUGUCCUGGCUGGAGGAUCCCA